AUGCCGCGCAAGCCAAAGUUCAUCCCGGGCCCCUCAAAACUGUCAAAAAUUCUUGCCAAUCUCAAGCAAGAACCCCAUCCUCAGCUUCUGAAUAUCAGGGCACUCAGGCUGACGCUGGCAGCUCGGAAUGACCACUUCGGCGCCAGACACUUUGUGAAAGAGGAUCUUCCUCGAAUACGCUAUCAUAACGCCGCAGUAGACAUCGAAGUGAACAAAAUGGCGAAGUCUCGUGAAGAUGCGUGGAAACCAGAGAUGGUCGUUGAGUUUGCGGAUGGAAGAUCUCAGACACUCGACCUGGACAAGAAGUGGUCGUCGACAAUUCUCCAAGAGCUCUUGGAUUUGGCAGGCGGUCCCAUUUGGUCGAGGUGGAAAAAGCAGAGAGCUGCGGCCGGUCUUCCUGUUCUGGAUCCUCCGGUGCCCAAACCACAAGCACCCAAGGCUUCCGCACAAGAUCCAUUCUUCCUUCCGAAUAGGCCUAAGACUGGAGCAGCUGCUGUCUUACCAUAG